GAGCCGGCGAGACGCGGCCUUGGCCUCCCCAGCAGUGGAGAGCGCCGGCCGCAGACCUCCAACAUCAGUCACCAUGUCGGUGUUGGACGCACUUUGGGAAGACCGGGACGUCCGCUUCGACGUGUCCUCACAGCAAAUGAAAACAAGACCUGGAGAAGUCCUUAUUGAUUGUUUAGAUUCAAUUGAAGAUACCAAAGGAAAUAAUGGGGAUAGAGGGAGACUUCUGGUAACAAAUUUAAGAAUUAUCUGGCACUCUUUGGCAUUACCCAGAGUCAAUCUUUCUGUUGGUUACAACUGCAUAUUGAAUAUUACAACAAGGACUGCUAACUCUAAAUUACGAGGUCAAACUGAAGCUCUUUAUAUACUAACAAAAUGUAACAAUACUCGUUUUGAAUUUAUAUUUACAAAUGUGGUUCCUGGAAGUCCUAGACUUUUUACUUCUGUGAUUGCAGUGCACAGAGCAUAUGAAACAUCUAAAAUGUAUCGUGAUUUUAAGUUGAGAAGUGCACUCAUUCACAAUAAGCAACUAAGAUUAUUACCACAAGAACAUGUAUAUGAUAAAAUCAAUGGAGUAUGGAAUUUAUCCAGUGAUCAGGGAAAUUUGGGGACCUUUUUUAUUACCAAUGUAAGAAUUGUGUGGCAUGCAAAUAUGAAUGACAGUUUUAAUGUCAGCAUACCGUAUUUGCAAAUUCGUUCAAUAAAGAUUAGAGAUUCAAAAUUUGGUUUAGCUCUUGUCAUAGAAAGCUCCCAGCAGAGUGGAGGAUAUGUUCUUGGCUUUAAAAUAGAUCCUGUUGAAAAGCUACAAGAAUCAGUUAAGGAAAUCAAUUCACUUCACAAAGUCUAUUCCGCCAGUCCUAUAUUUGGGGUGGAUUAUGAGAUGGAAGAAAAGCCACAGCCCCUUGAAGCUCUGACAGUCGAACAAAUCCAAGAUGAUGUGGAAAUAGAUUCCGAUGACCAUACGGAUGCUUUUGUGGCUUAUUUUGCCGAUGGAAACAAGCAACAAGACCGUGAACCCGUAUUUUCAGAAGAACUGGGGCUUGCAAUAGAAAAAUUGAAGGAUGGAUUCACCCUACAGGGACUUUGGGAAGUAAUAAGUUGAUCUUGAGUUGAACUGAAUUUCUAUUUAAAGAUAUCUCAAGAUUAAA